AUGAACGCCUCGCCCGAAGGCGACGAUACCGCAUACCUCGAAUCCUUCUGGGCAAGUUUCCCGGCCGAGAAAGCCGCCUCUUUACAAGAUCGCGCAAACACACAUUCGCAUCUGCGGAAUGUCCAGGCGACGCUCCACUCCUCCGUGGACCGCAGUCGCACGACCAUCAAGACCCUCGAACAGCUCACUGCGCUCGCCGACGCCACGGGUGAAGUUGUGCUGAUCGUGGAGAACAUUGACUACGCAUGGAUCGCCCGGUUGGGCACGAUCUGGGAUAUCCCGGUCCAAUUCUUCGUCGAUCAUGCAUCUAACCCGCAGGCUUCCCGGAUUUGGCAGUCGGUGUUCGAGACGAAGGAAGGCGCGUGGACUGCGAGAGAAGGGGGAUACGCGCCCUGGGUGCCAUCGGUGCCGAAAUGGUCGUGUUGGUACGUCGAUGGCAUCUGGGGAAUGGAGCAUCAGCAUUUGGCCGUCUCUGCACCAAGACAAUCGAACUUCCUACCACGACCGCGGAACGUGGAUGACAAGUACGGUUUCAACGGAUCGACCCGUAUAUCCUACUGGACGGAACAGUGGGAAGACAAACGGCUUUGUCUGGUCCUCGUCGACGCUCCCUACACUUUCGAGCAGGAUUCCAAAUCCCAUCUCAUUCUUCGCCUCCCCUUGUCCGAAAACCGCGGCGGUCUGGACGAAGUCGAGAAGACCAGCCGAUACAUGCCGAUGUCGGUCGACAGACUCCUGCGCGAUAUCGGGGACCCGAAUGGGACGCCGACGCGCUCGGCCCAGUCGCUGUACCCGCGGGAAACCUUGCAGGACAUCCUACGUCGUGCAAAUCUGCUGGAGAGAUUCCUCAUGGAUUCAUUUAAUAUCUUGGUCAGUUCGACGGGCGUCGUCGGGACGGAAUUGAGCAUCGCGCAUGGCAUUCGGGGGCAGAGAUUGUCGACCCUUGCGUUCGUGUAUGUCCCGUUGGCGUUCGUCACGGGCAUUUUCGGGAUGAAUGUUGCGGAGAUUAAUGGGUCGCUUUUGUCGGUGUGGGUGCCCGUUGUGGUUACGCUGGUUAUCAUCGUGUUGACGGCGGCGGUCUUUGUCAUGUACUCGAAGUGGACGGAGUCGAGGUGGAGAUCUCGGUGGGGUGGGAAAACUCCCGAGCGUUUGUCUGGCGGUCGUCUUUGA